AUGAUUAAUUAAAAAGCUGAACAAAAAUUAACACAUUUAUUACUCCUAAUAUUGUAUACAUAAUUAAUAUAUGUUAGUAACUUGUAUUUGAAAAUAAAGCAAAAAUACUCUAGAUUAUAUUAUCUGCACAAAGUAAUGAGUAUAAUGAGGCCAAAAAGUAUUUCUGUUUUGCAAAAUUCUUUCGAUAUCAAAAUAUUAGAGCAUGUUUUAACAGAAAUAAUAUAAAUCUUAACUCAAGAAUUGGUAUCUAAUUGGCUUUGGAGAUAUUGUUUGAUCAAUAGUAACAAAUGUCACAUAUUAUGA